UGGGGGAGAAGGAGAUGCGUCAUGCGUGACGGCGUGCGAGAGGAAGGAUGCACUUCCCGCCGCUCCCCUCCAGGCUCCGAAACUGCAAGCCGCGCCGCGCCGGCCGCCUCAAAUUCGCACGCGGCAAGCCAAUUCGCGGCGCCCCCGCCUCGCGCCUCCUCCCAACAGUCGCUCGCCACUUUCACGUCGCCCUCCUCUCGCGUGCUCACCUCCCCGACUCCGGCGGCUCCCCCAGCCCCUCUGCUCCACUCCGGUGGCUGGUACUCCCUCCUCCUCCUUUCCUUCUCCGUCCUCCUCCUCCUGCGUCCCCAUCCCGUUCUCCUCCUCUUGCCUCUUGCGCGCGACGGUCUAGGAAUCACGACCGGCCUCGUCGACGCCGAGCUUAGGGUUGCUCUUCCAGUAUCGACGCGGUGGCGGCACCUUUCUUUUCACCGGUUCCUCCUUUCCCUCCGUCCCUCGUAGAUCUUGGAUUGGAAGACAUUGGAAAACAUUGUGUUCAUCUGGUCCGGCAUAGACAUUGGAGUCUCCUAGUGUAAUAAUCAGAUUGCACGGGGUGUGAAUUGCAAUACGUAUAGGGAGAUCCAAUUUGAGUGAGGUGCUGCGAUUUGGGGAUUAUUUCUUCUAGGGUUUGUUGGCGAUGCUGAAUUGGAGAGGACUGCUACCGAACGCUGCGAUUCAGUUCACGAAGAUGUUUAAUCGAACCACUGCAUCUUCCUCUUCAUGUAGCUCCAAAUUGUUCAUCAGUGGUCUUUCUUAUGAUACUAAUGAAACAACUUUGAAGGAUGCUUUUUCUCAAUAUGGUGACGUUAUCGAAGUGAAGGUUAUAUGCCAUCCAACGACAGGGAAGUCGAAAGGAUAUGGUUUUGUCAAGUUUUCUUCAGAAAAUGAAGCUGCUGCAGCACUGCAGAAGAUGAACGGUGAGGUGCUUGAUGAAAGGAACAUUUGGGUGCACUACGCAAACAGUGGAUGAUCUUACAGUGCUGCUUUAGAUAUGUAAGGUGCUUUUUCGUUGCUAUUAUUUGUUGUACUGGAAACUUGGGAUGAUAGUUGGAGGCCUGGGCUUGUGUUAUGUGGUUAUCUUAGAUUUUGAAUGACCAUCAAUGCGUACUGCAUAUGUUCUGUUCA